CACAAUUAACCUUUUUAGCCCUAAUCUUAAUUUUUAUAUUAUUGACUUUUCAACUUAUUUUUCCUUUGUCUACUUGUAUUUGACUACAUACACAUAUAUAUAGAAAAAGAUAAAGAAGAUUUGGAAGAGACAGCAGAGAUGGCUGGAGGAGGUUUUACAAAUGGGGGACCUCUGAAAAGAGCUCACCUUUAUGAAUAUAGAAUCACUGGGUAUUUCGUCUUUGCUUGUAUUGUUGCUGCUCUUGGUGGAUCCCUUUUUGGGUAUGAUCUUGGUGUAUCGGGUGGAGUAACUUCCAUGGAUGAUUUUUUGAAAGAGUUCUUCCCGAAAGUUUACAGGAGAAAGCAAAAACAUCUUAAUGAGACGGAUUAUUGCAAGUAUGAUAACCAGAUCCUUACACUUUUUACAUCUUCGUUGUAUUUUGCUGCCCUUGUUUCUACAUUCGGAGCAUCCCAUGUAACGAGAAACAAAGGCCGGAAAGGCAGCAUCAUUGUUGGAUCGAUCAGCUUCUUUCUCGGAGCAAUUCUCAAUGCUGCUGCUGUGACUAUUUGGAUGCUAAUUAUAGGACGUGUACUUCUUGGUGUAGGCAUUGGUUUCAGCAACCAGGCAGUUCCGUUGUAUCUCUCAGAAAUGGCUCCGGCAAAAAUCCGUGGAGCGAUUAACCAACUGUUUCAACUUACAACCUGCUUAGGAAUCCUGAUAGCAACCUUGAUAAAUUACGGAACUGAAAAAAUCCAUCCAUGGGGAUGGAGAUUGUCUCUUGGGUUAGCUACAGUUCCUGCCGUGUCAAUGUUCAUUGGUGGCAUUUUCCUUCCUGAGACACCUAACAGUCUCGUAGAGCAAGGAAAAUUGGAAGAAGCGAAAAGAAUAUUGGAGAAAGUCAGAGGUACUAAGAACAUUGAUGCUGAGUUUGCUGAUCUUGUAGAUGCUAGUAAUGAAGCUCGUGCAAUAAAGCAUCCUUUCAGGAAUCUACUGAAACGAAAGAAUCGUCCCCAGUUGAUAAUAGGAGCUAUAGGGAUCCCAAUGUUUCAACAGCUCACAGGAAAUAAUUCCAUCCUGUUCUAUGCUCCUGUAUUUUUUCAAAGUUUGGGUUUUGGCUCUGGAGCAUCUCUAUACUCAUCUGUCAUAACAAGUGCUGCACUUGUUCUUGGUGCUCUUAUGUCAAUGUCUUUAGUAGACAAGUUCGGCAGAAGAGCAUUCUUCCUCGAAGCAGGCUUCGAAAUGUUCUGCUAUAUGGUGGCAACAGGUAUCACUCUGGCCCUGAAGUUCGGACAAGGAGUAAAACUUCCAAAAGGAAUUGGCAUGUUCCUGGUGGUUGUCCUUUGCUUGUUUGUCUUGGCUUAUGGAAGGUCUUGGGGUCCUUUGGGUUGGUUAGUUCCAAGUGAACUCUUCCCCCUGGAGACGAGAUCAGCUGGACAAAGUAUAGUGGUCUGUGUGAACAUGAUCUUCACAGCUUUGAUAGCACAGUGCUUCCUUGUAUCUCUCUGCCAUCUACAAUACGGGAUUUUCUUGCUAUUUGCUGGUUUGAUUUUGAUCAUGAGCAGCUUCAUCUUCUUCCUUUUGCCAGAAACAAAGCAAGUUCCCAUAGAGGAGGUAUACAUUCUCUUUCAAAAUCAUUGGUUCUGGAAGAGAAUAGUUGGAGAUGGAGAUCAAGUUGAAAUGGAGGAAAAAACAGGAUCACAAGCUUAGUAUCACCAGUAAUGGUUUUUCAUAAAUUUAUCAUGCAACUUCUUUUAGGAUUCUGUAAUUCUUCUUUAGUUCAUUUCUAUCAAUAAAAUAGCUCCAACUGAUUACAUAGUUCA